GGUAGAUUUCUAUUGGUCACAGCCUGCUCAGGAGAUGUCUGACGCUACGGAGCAACCGAGUCAAACCAAACGGGAUAAAGAUACAGACCGGCGGGGGUUUGCAAAUUCUUACAGUACUUUAAAGGAAGCGGAAGAAAAGGGGAGUCAGUGAAUAGGGUUUUGAAUUCAACUGCAUUUCUAAAAGAAAACCUUUUAUAUUUUAAAGAAGAAUUUUUAUUGUUAACAAGCUGGAAGGCCCACGAUUAGACGAGGACCCAAACUUACAUUUAAGAAAUCGGAAAGAAGCUGUGGGAUACCUGAUGUUAUCUCAAGAAAAACAGUGUAACACUCCGAGCUCAGAGUUGAAUGAAGUGAAUCCACUUAUGAAUCAUGAUUGCGAUUUAUUGGAUAACAACACAGAAACGGAAGAAACAGAAACAGUCGAAGAAGAAGGAUUUAUGAGCAUUGCACCACUUCUACAGGCCCAUCAUGCCAUGGAAAAGAUGGAAGAGUUUGUCCACAAGGUAUGGGAAGGACGAUGGCGAGUCAUCCCUCAUGACGUGCUGCCUGAUUGGCUGAAGGAUAAUGACUACCUCCUGCAUGGUCACAGGCCACCAAUGCCAUCUUUUCGUGCUUGCUUAAGAAGCAUUUUCAGGAUCCAUACAGAAACUUUGAACAUUUGGACACAUCUCAUAGGUUGUCUUUUCUUCUUGGGUCUUGGAAUUUUUUACAUGUUCAGGCCGAACAUAUCAUUUGUGGCCCCGGUGCAAGAGAAAGUUGUAUUUGGGGCAUUUUUCCUCGGGGCCAUUCUCUGCCUGUGUUUCUCUUGGUUGUUUCAUACAUUCUACUGCCAUUCAGAAAAUGUUUCACGUGUAUUUUCCAAGUUGGACUAUUCUGGCAUAGCACUUCUAAUAAUGGGUAGCUUUGUGCCCUGGUUGUAUUACUCCUUCUAUUGUAAUCCCCAGCCGUGUUUCAUUUACUUGCUUGUUGUCUGUGUACUUGGUAUCACAGCAAUUAUAGUUUCCCAGUGGGACUAUUUUGCAACUCCACAGUACCGAGGUGUACGAGCUGGAGUUUUUGUAGGAUUAGGGCUGAGUGGAGUUGUGCCUACCCUGCACUUUAUGAUAUCAGAAGGAUUUUUCAGGGCUGCUACUAUUGGACAGAUUGGCUGGUUGUUCUUAAUGGCAGCAUUGUAUAUCACAGGAGCUGCCUUAUAUGCUGCCCGUAUACCUGAGCGUUUCUUCCCUGGAAAGUGUGACAUUUGGUUUCACUCUCAUCAGCUGUUCCAUGUCCUGGUAGUGGCUGGUGCAUUUGUUCACUUUCAUGGAGUCUCAAACCUUCAGGAGUUUCGACAUGGUGUUGGUGGUGGAUGCACUGAUAAUGAUUUGCUAUGAAACUAAUCUCCAAUUACGUGCACAGUGGAACUUUGAUCAAUGUUAUAGGAAUUGGCGAUGGAAUAACUGAAAGAUCAAAAUUCUUACCACAGCUUAAUUUGGUUGAAUCAGUCCAAUAUUGUGUGUUUCAUGACUAGUGAUCAAUUUUCUUACCUGUUUGGAUGAUCCAAGUACAACUAGAAACUAAUAGUAACCUGAUGAACACAAGUGGAUGGGAAACCAAAUAACGUUGGGAAUACAGGACCAGCUGCAUCAGAACGUUUUCUGUGGUGAAUGUGGGUUUUCAAAGAAGGUGUUCUUAUAAGGAAGCAAAAGCCCACGACAUGAGAUGUGACCAAUGCAAUUAGCAACUAGUCGUCAAAUUCCAAUUUAAAAAAUGUAAAUUAUAAAUUAUAAUUUAGUAUGUAAUUUACACAAUUGCUGAAGCAAAGUUCUGCUUUAACUGAAUACCAUAUUUAUUUCUAUGAAAAGUAUAAAAAGAGGAAAAUUUGAAGUUAGUACUUCUUAGCAGAGUCUGGCUGCUUAUAACAAAAGAAAGUUCUUGUAAAUAAGAUUUCUAACUUUCAGUUAAUUAGAAAAUUUAUAUAAUAAAACUUUUGUACAGUAAACAUUUGCAAGAGUACCACACACUGUUAACUACAUUGCACAAAUAUUGGUAGACAUCAGGUAGUGGAAAGAUGCCAGUAUAAGAAGCAAUGCAAAAAGCCACCUUUGUGAUGGCUUGCCCACUAAGUCUGCUGUGAGGCCUGAUAAUUUUAAUUUUCUAGUCAGCCGUAUGCUAUGUUAAUAGAUAGCAUUGAUCAGUGAGAUCGGAGAGAAGUGUGUGCAAAUUUCUAUUGAUUGUGCACCCACUUCAACUUGUAAGGAAUCACAUGCAUAUUUAUAUAUAUAUACUUGUUUUAUAUACAUAUUCAUGCAUAUAUAUGAAUAAUUUUAUUUUUACUGUUGUGAUGUUCUGUGCAUGGGAUGGGGAAGUGGGUCUUGCCACUACAUUUGUUGGUUAGUUUGUAAAUGGUUGAUGUAAUGUGAUAUAACUGAUCUGUUGCAGUUUGCUUUCAGGUUCAGUUAGAGUUGGCUCAUCAGCUUUAAGACAUUUUCAGUUUACUUUGUCACUCUGGAUAUUUCAGCAAACUAAGGAAAAGAAAUAGGUUUCCUUUAUUGUUGAAGGCUUAUGGUUCAAAAUAGCUUUUUCUCCAAUUCUCUGAGCACCUUGAGACAGUAGUAAGGAAACUUUGCAAUCAGAUUUCUAUUUAAGGUACAUGUUUUGAACUUAUUUAAAUAAUUUGAUUCUGUCCAGUUUAAAGCUUUAGUUAAUUCACUCUGCACUCCUCAUUUGAUGUUGGAUAUUACAGCUCUUGUUAUUUUAGCCAACUGUAAUAAUGCUUGAAUACAUUUUGUUUAUGGUUGGAAGCUUUGUAUGGAAAUCGUGUUGAAAAUGUUUACAGUUGUCUCAUGAAGGACAGUAGAAUUAACAGAACUGCAUGUGAUUAAUGCUCACUAGGAUGCUGGUUCACCAUGAAUAAUGUUGUUCCUUCCAUCACUCCUGCAUAUAAUCACAAACUUUUGAAUUUUUUGUUUUUAUAUUGGCUCAACAGAAUGGAGUGGUAACUGGACUAUGAAAGUGAAUAUCUUCUCAUUCAAAAGUUUUUGUCUGCUUCUCAUGAAGUAAUAUUGACUGGAGAUGUGAAGAAACAUGCCAAACUAGCUGUAGGGAUGUAUUAUGGGCAAAGGUGAAGAAGGAAGGAGUACAAAAAAAGGAAAUACAGCGUUAGCUGGGUAGUUCAAGCAAAAUUAUGUCAAUCUUGAAGUAUACUUACUUAAGUGCUCAUGAAGAAUCCCGUUGUGCUCUUUUGUUAAAAUGUAACACCAAUAUUAAUAUUUAAUUACAACCACUUAAAAAAGAGCGCAGCAUUCUGUCCCACCCUUUACUUAGAGUAGGUGCUGGUAAAAUUAGAAAACAAAAGGCAGCUGUGGAUUCCAUCCUUGAUAAGAGCAAGGCUACUAUGAAUUGAAGUGCUUCAUGCAGUGUAAGAAAUUUAAACUGAAUAAUGUGAUAACUUUAAUGUUUUCAAGAUUCCCUGGCCUGUGCAUUGAAAACAAUAACAAUUUACCCUCCAGAAUUAUCUCAAUUAAUUUUGAAUGAUCAGAAUUAGUGUGCUGAUAUGUUGCCACACCACAUACUAGAGCAGACAUGAAUGAUAGAAGUUUUUCAGGAUUCCAAUUUCUUUUUUGUUCAGCUGACAUCAGUGGAAAUUAAUUGAUAUCCUCAAAAUGAGAAACCAUUGAAAUACAAAGACCUGCUGUACUUUGUUAACUUGUAUAAUGUACACAGCAUUUGUGCAUAGCUUGGUCAAGAUUUCUCAAGAGUUUGCCCAAUGCCUUAUUGAGAUCUGUGUUUUGCUUGUUUUGAGGAGUGUUUUAUAGUCAAUAAUACUUCAUUUCCAGAUGAAUGGAGGCCUUGUUUAUUUUCCACUGCUUUAAUUUGAGUGUCUCUGGAUUAAGUAUAUAUUGGCUAAGGGUGCAUAAUUGGAUUUUUACUUGAUGUAAGAUUUCAACCAAUAAAAAAUAAUUUUUGGUCUA